GCGGCCUCUCCCCGCCGGGCGGGGCCGCGCCGGGGCCUCCUCCGGGCCGUGUCCUGCGGUGCCGCCGGGCCGGGCCGGUGGCGGUGCCGGGGCGAUGCCCGGGGUGGCGGGGCCGCGGGGCCGCGGGCGCUGAGCGCGGGGUGGGAGCAUGGCCGAGGCGCUGCGCCAGGAGCCGCCGGGCGGGCCCGAGUCGGAGGCCGAGCUGUCGCAGCGGCUCGCCCGCACCAAGGCCCGCUCGUACGGCAGCACGGCCAGCGUGGCGGCCCCGCUGGCAGAGCGAUACGUGGAGCACCGGCUGAGCGCCGGGGACACGCUGCAGGGCAUCGCCCUCAAGUACGGCGUCACGAUGGAACAAAUAAAGAGGGCAAAUAAACUGUUCACUAAUGACUGUAUAUUUCUGAGGAAAACCCUGAAUAUUCCUGUUGUAUCAGAGAAACCAUUACUGUUCAAUGGACUUAGUUCACUGGAGUCUCCUGAGAAUGAAACUGUUGACAGCUCCCCUUCUUGUGAUGAAGGACUAGUAACAGUUCAGGAAGAAAGUAGUUCUUCUCCCAGUCCUCAAGAGCCUGACAGUCAGCCCACUGCACCAGAAGAAUUAUCUGCCAAAGAUUUCCUACAGAGAUUGGACUUGCAGAUUAAGUUAUCCAAACAAGCAGCCAGAAAACUAAAAGAUGACAAUGUCAGAGAGGAGGAGGAUGAGGAAGGUCCCUAUGCAACUUCUUCAUAUCACCAGUAGAAGACAGAUGUGAUGGCCUGAAAACUUCCCAUGAAAUCAGUUCUUAAAGAACUAAACAGUCAAUAAUUCAAAACCCAAGUCUUUUGGACUCAUCAUCUUGAUGUACUUAAAAGAAGUCACGAUGGGUAAUUGCACUGAAAUGAUGACCUCUUCUGCCUUCCAUAGGUUAAUGUCCUUAUGCUAUAUCAACAAAGGGUUUAAGCCUUCCAAAACUAGUAAUGGCCUUUCUACCCCUUCAGUGCAAACUGUAGCAUGGUAGCAACAAUAUAUCCUUGAGGUCACCUUUAUGCAGGAUGUUGAUCUUUAGUAAAGAUUUUGUAAAUAAUUGUUAAAGUGAAAUUUGUUUUAAGUAUUUAAAAAUAUUAAAGUUUGCUUGUAAAUGACAAACUAUGAAAGUAAUAGGAAUUUACUUAUUCUGCAAACAUAGGCAAGUUUGCUGUGAAAGUUUUGUCUACUUCAGGGCUGCAGAACUUGCCUCUGAACUCUGUGUGUGUGUCUGUGUGUGGUUAUGAUGUAUUCCUAGAAAGGGGAAUUCAACUUGCUUUGAUGAGUUAAAGCCUUUAUGGUUAAACAACUGUUUGCAAAUUGGAUUUCUGCUAAUACAAGGGACGAGUUACAGCCAGAGAUUUUUCUUUGUGAGAUAUGACAUUGGAAUAUCAGAUGUGUGUUCUUGUGUGCAGUUAUAUUUUGUGUGGGUUUAAUUUAAUAAAAUACAAAAAUACCAAUGUGUCUGUUCAUAAUGCA